UCUGUGACUUGGUCCCUGUCCCCAGGAAGUUCAUCUUGUAGAGCGAGACACAGAGGAGUGGCUAUGAUAUGGCGCGCAUUGUGUUACACACAGUUGCAGAGAAUGGGAUAAUGGAACAAGGGAGAGUGUUGCUAGAUGUCUUAGGAAGUGUUGCCAGGAUCUCUUGAUUGUGCUAAACUUGAUGGGGAAUGUCAUCCCGGAAACAGCCAGGUGGAGAGAAGGAACUUGGACUCUUGAGGACCAGCCAGCUCAAGGUGGAUUCUGUGAGACUGGAAGCUCCUCUGGAGGUUACCGCGGGCACCUCCCUGCAGAACUGCCGGCUGCAUGCAGGGAAUCGGUCGGCUGUGAUUGGAGGGAUGUUGCUGGUGGGGAUAAGGAACUCGGUAGUGUCGGCAGAGGUGAUUGGCCGCGCCCUGCUGCAGUGAGAAUGCAGGCUGGAUGCUCGGGUCCUCACUUGCGUGAUGAUCAUUAGUUGAGCAAGGACAGCUGAAUAAUUGGGAGCUCGAAGUUGCUUCUGCCUCCGGGAGAGGUCUGUUGGGCUAUCGCUUUCUCCUUUUUUCAAAAAGCCAAGCAUUUGAUCACCGUCCACCUGCAAAAGUGAGUUGUUAUUGAAGAAGCUCCAGCUGCCCUCUCGUUGUCAGCGACCCGGCGGGGCUUUCAGAGUGAGCUGCUUCUCAGGCCAGGCACGACAGCAGCGCGAGCAAAUUUGAGAAGGCAGGAAACAGCCACUGCAUACAGAGCUGCCAGCCUUACAACUCCCCAGCCUAGUCGUCCAAGCAGCUGUGUAGCCAGAGACCCUUGGCAUUGUGGUCACAUCCCUCCUCAAAAGUGAACGGUCACCGUCGGCGACGUGGGGAGGAAGCCGUGAUGUUGCAGAUGCUGUGGCAUUUUCUGUCUAGCUUCUUCCCCAGGGCCAGGUGCCAAGGCUCCAGAGAGGGGAGCGGGAACGAAGUCAGAGGCACCCCGGCUCCGGCGCGGGGAGCCCAGAUGCCAAGCUUUCUGGGGAAACAGGACGGAAGGGCUGAGGCCACGGAAAAGAGACCCACCAUCUUGCUGGUGGUCGGACCCGCAGAGCAGUUUCCAAAGAAAAUUGUACAAGCUGGCGACAAAGACCUCGAUGGGCAGCUAGACUUUGAAGAGUUUGUCCAUUAUCUCCAAGAUCACGAGAAGAAACUGAGGCUGGUAUUCAAGAGUUUGGACAAGAAGAAUGAUGGACGGAUUGACGCACAGGAGAUCAUGCAGUCCUUGCGGGACCUAGGCGUCAAGAUAUCUGAACAGCAGGCAGAAAAGAUCCUCAAGAGAAUACGAACGGGCCACUUCUGGGGCCCUGUCACCUACAUGGACAAGAAUGGCACGAUGACCAUCGACUGGAACGAGUGGCGAGACUAUCACCUCCUGCAUCCCGUGGAAAACAUCCCUGAGAUCAUCCUGUACUGGAAGCAUUCCACGAUCUUUGAUGUGGGUGAGAAUCUGACGGUCCCCGACGAGUUCACGGUGGAGGAGAGGCAGACGGGGAUGUGGUGGAGACACCUGGUGGCUGGCGGUGGGGCGGGGGCCGUAUCGAGAACCUGCACGGCCCCCCUGGACAGACUCAAGGUGCUCAUGCAGGUCCACGCCUCCCGCAGCAACAACAUGUGCAUCGUGGGUGGCUUCACCCAGAUGAUUCGAGAAGGAGGGGCCAAAUCCCUCUGGCGCGGCAAUGGCAUCAACGUCCUCAAAAUUGCCCCCGAGUCGGCCAUCAAGUUCAUGGCCUACGAACAGAUCAAGCGUCUCGUUGGGAGUGACCAAGAGACUCUGAGGAUUCACGAGAGGCUUGUGGCAGGGUCCUUGGCAGGGGCCAUCGCCCAGAGCAGCAUCUACCCGAUGGAGGUCCUGAAGACCCGGAUGGCCCUGCGCAAAACAGGCCAGUACUCGGGCAUGCUGGACUGCGCCAGGAAGAUCCUGGCCAGAGAGGGCGUGGCCGCCUUCUACAAAGGCUAUGUUCCCAACAUGCUGGGGAUCAUCCCCUACGCUGGGAUAGACCUGGCCGUCUACGAGACACUCAAGAAUGCCUGGCUGCAGCGCUAUGCAGUGAACAGCGCAGACCCCGGCGUGUUUGUGCUCCUGGCCUGUGGCACCAUGUCCAGCACCUGUGGCCAGCUGGCCAGCUACCCACUGGCCCUGGUCAGGACCCGGAUGCAGGCCCAAGCGUCCAUUGAGGGCGCUCCGGAGGUGACCAUGAGCAGCCUCUUCAAACAGAUCCUGCGGACCGAGGGGGCCUUCGGCCUGUACCGGGGGCUGGCCCCCAACUUCAUGAAGGUGAUUCCGGCCGUAAGCAUCAGCUACGUGGUGUACGAGAACCUGAAGAUCACCCUGGGCGUGCAGUCGCGGUGACGGGAGGGAGGCCAGCCCGCCCGCGGACUCGCUGAUCCUGGGCCCGCAGCCCCGGGAUGUGUAGCCAUCUCAUUCUGUGAAUGUGCCGACACUAAGCUGACUUAAGCCAAGCUGUGAAGACCCUGGGAUGCACCUGCAGGGGCGGGGGCAGAGCCGGCAGGCCCACUGGGUCUGUCCUGCCGACCCUGGCUGACCCUCGUAUCCAUUCCAGGGAAGACCUGUGGGUGUUCCUCAGGGUCCAGGGCUCAGCAGGACACAGGCUCGCGUGCGUGGGGACAGGACAUGCCCUGUGCUGCCUGCCGAAUAGCUGGGCUGGGAGGCUGGCUCAGUGCUUCCAUCGCGUCCUCGCGGCCAGACCAUCGGCGCGGGGUGGCUUCGGGCCUGCUGAGCGUCCUCCCCGGGCCCAC